UCAAAAGGCCACUCUUCUUCCUCCCAUACAUUCUCCCCCAAGCCAUUCAUCGUCUUGAACAUCACAUCGCUUCAUCGAACCAAAAUGGCACCUAUUCGAGUCCUUGCACUCCCGGCCUUCGCCGCCAUGGCUGCCGCUCUCAGCAUCAGCGAGUUCGUCCCGGCCUGUGGACCAUCGUGUAUCGACGAGUCUGUUGCUGAGCACACCACUUGCGCCCCCGAUGACAACGCCUGCAUCUGCUCCUUGAUCUACACGGUUCGACGUGAUGGCGAAGUCUGUCUGCGCGACGCCUGCAGCGAGACCGACUAUGGCGGUGUCCAGACGGGCAUUGAUGAAUUCUGUGCUGCCGUAGCAAAUGGUGGGGGUGGUGACUCUAGCACGUCAACCCCCCCAACGAGCACCACGACCACUUCCAACACUCCUACGGAGACUCCUACUGAGACUCCCACCGAAACCCCUACCGAGACGCCUACCGAGACACCCACGGAGACACCCACGGAGACCCCUACUGAGUACCCGACCGAGACGCCUACCCAGACGCCUACAGAGACACCCACUGAAACUCCCACCGAUGUUCCUUCUUCUAGUUACCCUGCUUCUACCGGUUCUACUUCUGAGGGCACCACUCCGUCCUCGACUGAAAACCCUGGCACCACAGUGGUGCCGACCGGCUCGUCUAGCUUCACCACCUCGGUCGGCAGCAUGACGGAGCCACCCAGCUCCAGCUCCGCCACCAGCUCCGCGCCUGUCAGCACCUCUUCGGGUCCCGCCACGGGUGCUGGCUCCCGCGCUCAGAUCGGCCUUGGUGCUGGUGUCGCCGGUAUGCUGCUUGCCUGUGGCGUUGCGUACUUGCUGUAAGCGAGCACAGGCCAGGCUUCCGCUGUCCCGCUAUGACAGCCUCGCAUGGCAGGAAUGAGAGAUUGCAGUGGUGGGGAAAGAUGGAAACGACGACGAAAAAAAUGACGUUUAUUGCAUUAAUGGCUC